AUGAGCUCGGGUGCAGAUGCCGGCGCUGGUGUUCCCCCGACAGCGCCAGCGGCAGCCGUGCCUGCACCGCCUCACGAGACGCAGACGGUCGCUACUGCCUCCGCUCCACAGUCUUUGCCGGCUCUACCAGAGGAGGCCGAAGCCGGCGACGGACGGAGAGAGGAGUCGGACUUGUUGCAGUACUCACAGACUCUGGGUAUUGACCUCACACAGCACUCUGACUUGCUUUGGGUCGUCCAGGAGGCCUUCAAUGCUCCGUUGCCGUUGAGCUGGACCGAGUACACGGACGACGAGGGUCGUGUCUACUUCUUCAAUCAGUCAUCGAGCCAGUCCACUUGGGAACAUCCCAUGGACGCGGUGUAUCGUGAAUUGCUCACCUCACUGGCAUUGGUAGCUUCUCUGGACGCCAUGGGUUCAGCGGCCUCUACCAGCUUGAAGUCGGCCGCUGCUGGUGCGACGGACCAGGAGCUUGCCGCAGCGCUGUCACAGCUGAAUGCGGCAGACUUGCAGAAGUUGAAGUCUGCCGUGGCUGGCAGGCAGCGUGUGGUUGUCGUAGGGUGGGGCCCGGUGGGCCACGCCGUUGUGGCGAAGCUCUUGGCCAAAAGCGGAGCCCUUCAAGUUGUGGUCAUCAGCGAGGAGAAUUACCCCGCCUAUAACAGGGUGAAGCUGACUACCUUCUUUGAGCAUCGGGAUCCCAAUCAGCUGGCCCUCAGUAGUGUGGAGUGGUGUCAGUCCAAUGGCGUGGAGCUGCUCCUUGGAAAGGCGACGAAGAUCGAUCGUGCUGCGAAAAGCGUAGAGUACACCACACCGAAAGGUGAGGUGAAGAGCACUGCCUACGACCAAUUGGUGCUGGCAACAGGGAGUAAACCGUGGCUGCCGCCGGUACCAGGCCUGUCUCUCGAUGUGCCCGGUGUGCAUGUUUACCGGACGAUCGAUGACCUCUUCCAGGUCACGGAGAGGGCCAAGAAUGCGAAGGCUGCUGCAGUGAUUGGGGGAGGCCUUCUGGGUCUGGAAGCUGCCAAGGCAGCCUACGACCUGAAACUGGAGACGUACGUGCUGGAAGUGGCGCCUGGGCUGAUGCCGGUGCAACUGGAUGCUGAGGCCGGCGCCAUGCUCAAGGGCAAGAUCGAGUCUUUGGGCAUCAAAGUUCACACAGGCGUGAAGGUCCUCGAGGUGCUGACGGGCGACGGUGGCUUGCAAGGGGUGAAGAUCGAGGUGGGAGGCCAAGAGCAGGUCUUGGACGUCCAGCUGCUCAUCGUGGGCGCAGGCGUGCGGCCGCGGCAGGAGCUUGCAGAAGCCAGCGGACUCGAGUUGGGAGGCCGGGGCGGAGUGAAGACGGACCACACGAUGAGGAGCGUGACGGAUGAGCAUGUGUGGGCCGUGGGCGAGAUUGCCUCCUACAACGGUGGCAUGUGCUACCAGCUCUCCGCGCCAGGCUACACGCAAGCUGAGGUCCUGGCCGACCACUUGACCAACCCUGGUGCAGAUUCCAAGUUCAUGGACGCAGACUUGUCGACCAAGCUGAAGUUGUUGGGAGUGGACGUGGCAUCCUUCGGUGGUUCCUCCGAUUUCUGGUUUAAGCGCCAGUACACCUCCACGGAUCCUGAGCAGGUCCAGACGACUGUGGCCAAGGAUGAGGCGUCGGGCUGCUACAAGAAGCUGGUCUUCACCGCCGACGGGACCAAGCUCCUGGGUGGGAUUCUAGUCGGCGACAUCUCCGACUUCGCAUCCCUCACAGCGGUCUCCAAGAGAGCGGACAUCGGCGGCCUGACGCCGGAGGAAUUGAUGGCCGGGAAGAUGCCGAAGGUCGAUGAUGGCGGCGAUGGGACCAACCUGGGAGAUGAGGAUUUGGUGUGCAACUGCCACUCUGUUCCGAAGAAAGUCAUCCGGGACGCGAUCAAGAACGGCGCUCACACCUUCGAGGACAUCAAGAAGUGCACCAAAGCCGGUACCGGAUGCGGCACCUGCAUCCGGACCGGGCCACAGCCAAAGCUCUUGUCGCACACGCUGAACUCUCUUGGUGUGGAGAAGGGCUGCUGCAAAAGCCUUCCCUUCGAAGCCGACGACAUCGAAGACCUGGCCAAGGCCCGGCAGCUGAAGACUUAUGAAGAGCUGGUGUCCAACUUGGGCUACCCGCCGGCAGCGGUGGAGGGCGACAAGGCGGCGCUUGCCGGCGUCCUUGACAGGAUCGGUGGCAAGCCUAAGGGUGAAGGGAUGGACCAUGCCGGGCAGCUGAAGGCCCUGAAGGAAGACCUUUGGAAGUUCGUUGACAAGAUGAACUGCAACCCCAUCCUGCUACGCCUCGCCUGGCAUGAUGCGGGCACCUACGACAAGUCCAAGAGCGACUUUGGAGACAGGGGCGGCGCCAACGGCUCCAUCCGCUUCUCCCCGGAGAUCACUAUGGGGGCCAACAACGGCUUGGACAAAGCAGUGAAGUACUUGGAGCCCUUCAAGGCUGACUACCCCUUAGUGUCGUAUGCGGACCUCUACCAAAUGGCAGCGGCCGUCAGCAUUCAGCAUGCUGGUGGACCCGAGAUAGAGAUGAAGUAUGGUCGCAAGGACGCGACGGGCCCUGAAGCAUGCCCUGGCCGUCAAUCUCGAGGUACAGCCGACAACGCCGGGCUUCCUGAUGCCGAGCCCGGCCCCGAGGGCAAAUUUGGCUGCGGGGCCACAGAUGCAGCAAGCCACCUGCGGAACAUCUUCUACAGGAUGGGCUUCGAUGACAAGGGCAUCGUUGCGCUGUCCGGGGCACAUACGAUUGGCCGGGCUUUCAAAGAGCGAAGCGGCACGGUCAAAGAGGGCUAUGGUGAGUCGAACGGCUGCCCUUACACGCGUGCCCUGCCAGCAUCCUGCCCCAUCAGACACGACGGGAAAGGAGGAGUUGGCAUGCCGGGUGGGAAGUCGUGGACAUCAAAAUGGCUCAAGUUUGACAACGAAUACUUCCAGCCCUCCGUCUAUGAAGAGAAAGAUGCCAAUCUGCUUUGGUUGUCAUCGGACCGGUGCCUUCACCAAGAUGAGAGCUUCAAGAAAUAUUUUAUGCAAUACCGGGAUGAUCAGGCUGCUUUCUUCAAGGAUUUCGCGGAGGCCUACAAGAGCUGCAUCGGAGACGAGCUUGAUCGGAACAAGCAGCUGCGAGCGAUGGCAUGUCCCACAAUCGCUGUGUCCCUUGCCGCAGAUGUGAUUCAGCGAGCACGAGAGUCUGGUGUGUCGGCCUCUUACGAGGGCUGUGCCGCCCUUGUUCAAAACCAUCUCCGUGAGGUCCACCAGCGGGCGCUGCGCUGUCUCGAGGACUGGAGUGGCCCCUAUGGCGCGGAAGAGGGCGAAUACUACUACAACCACCGUUUGAAGGUAAGCACCUGGGACUGUCCGGUGACGGAGUGGGAGCAGGAGCUGAUGACGCGGCAGGCCGUGCUCUACUGGUGCCUGAUGGGACCUGGACGCCCCGAUGGCGGAGCUCCGUCCGAGGCAGCUUCAGGUUCCGAUGGCGACGAAGGCUUUGGACCGGAUCUGCUACGAGCCCUGCGUUUGCCCCUGAACCUGGUAAGGCGCGAGAGCGUCAGCACUCCUCCCUCCACCCCCUCCACAGCAAGGUCGUUUCAUACAGCACGGUCCAUGCACUCGAGCAGAUCGCAGCGAAGCCGAAUGACAGCAGAGGACAUCACGGACAGGGGCUCCGCUCGCGGCUCGCCGCCCAGCGGCUCGCCUCGCGAGGCUUUGGCUGCCUGA